CAAAAUUUCGUACAAUAGUUUAGUUCCAAAACCCUUAACUUCUACAAUCCAAUUCUAGACCUUAUCUUCAAACUCUCUUGUGUUGUGUACUUGUGUUGUUCUAAACUGUAGUCUAAACCCUCCUUCUCUUCUGUCUCUGCACUCGUCUAUGUCUAUCACAACUAUGCCUGCGUUCAAAUCCCUCACAAUGGCAGAAUCAUGCCUACUCCCUCUACCCUCACUUUUCUACAGCAAAACCAAAUACCCAAUUUUCUCAAAUACUUCUAAGCCCCUCAAGGUGCAAUUGGCAUGCUCCAAUUCUCUCUCCCUCAGUAGGAGGAAAACCCACCAUUCCUCUUUCCUCACAUUUGUAGCCCAGACAUCUGAUUGGGCUCAACAAGAAGAAGAAGAAAAAGAAGAAGAAGAAACCGGAUGGGAGAACCGCGACGAAUCCACAUGGGGUAAUGAAGAUGUUGACGAAACCGAAGGUGGAGAGGGCGAAGGAGAGAGUGAUGAAGAUGGGACUUUUGCUCAAUCUGAAGAAUUGAAGAUAUUCGUUGGGAAUUUGCCUUUCGAUGUUGACAGUGAGAAAUUGGCCAUGCUUUUUGAGACGGCUGGGACGGUUAUGGUUGCUGAGGUCAUUUAUAAUAGGGCCACUGACCGAAGUCGUGGGUUUGGAUUCGUCACCAUGAGUACAGUUGAAGAAUUGGAGAAGGCUGUAGAGAAGUUCAGUGGCUAUGAUUUAGAUGGAAGAGUGUUGACUGUCAAUAAGGCUGCUCCAAAAGGAGCACAGCCUGAACGGCCACCCCGUGCCUUUGAUAAUGGUUUGAGAGUCUACGUUGGUAACUUGCCAUGGGAUGUUGACAAUGUUCGCCUGGAGCAAAUUUUCAGUGAACAUGGUAAGGUUGAGAAUGCACGGGUAGUCUAUGACAGAGAGACUGGUCGAUCACGUGGUUUUGGCUUUGUCACAAUGUCCAGUGAGACUGAUAUUAAUGAUGCCAUUGCUGCUCUUGAUGGUCAGAGCUUGGACGGGAGGGCAAUCAGAGUGAAUGUUGCUGAGGAAAGGCCCAGGCGUAGCUCCUUUUGAGUGGUAACUCAAGUAAUCCUCCAUGUCCGCUGCUUGAGUUUUUUUUUUUUGCUGAGGAGGAUAUAGUUUCAUUUUUUUAUUUUAAAUUUCCUUUCUUUGGGAGCUGGUUUCAGAUUAGAUUCACAUAUUUUAAUGUUGUUCAUUUGAUGUGAGAUAUAAAUUCCUGUAGGUAUUGUGAAGAAACUCUGUCGCUUUUUCUUUUUCUACCAUUAUGUUUGCUAUUGAUGAAUAAAAUUAUAGAAAUUGUCUUA